CUCUUGCUCGCACGCAAAGGCCAGUUGGGGUGUUAGUUGAAAAUGUGAUACAGAUGUCUUAGGAAUUACGUUAUAGUAGAAAUCGAGUACUGACGGUGAUACGAGAAAUGUUGGCGUCGGGCGACAUUUUCGGGAACGUCAUACCAGCUGGAGAAGAAAUCACUGACAGCGAGGAUGACGAUGGCUGGGAGAUUGGUUGCACAUUCGAGUCACUGCCAUCCAAGAAACCAGUAUCACUUGGAAACGAAGAAGCCCUGAAGAAAGCUUUAAAUGCUGGAGAUAUUGGUCUUGUUGAAGAACUGUUAAAUUCAGGUUUAGAUGUGGAUUCAAGUUUUCAGUUUGGAUGGACUCCUUUGAUGUAUGCAGCUAACGUUGCUAAUUUUGAAUUGAUGCGUGUUCUUCUGGAUAGGGGGGCAAAUGCAAGUUUUUCAAAGGAUAAGUAUUCUGUACUGAUGGCUGCCUGCAAUGCUCGGUCUGUGGAGGAAAAAAUAGUAAAAUGUGUGGAACUACUGCUAUCCAGAAAUGUCAACCCAAAUGUUUCCAACAGUGUGUUAAUGACUCCAUUAAUGCUAGCUGCCAAAGAGGGGUACACCCAAGUUAUCACUCUCCUUGUUGCACAUGGUGCAGAAGUGAACGCCCAAGACAUAAAUGGCUAUACGGCACUAACAUGGGCAGUAUACUGUGAACAGAAGUCUGCAAUCUUAAAGCUAAUUGAAUUUGGAGCUGAUAAGACUCUGGAAACUAAAGAUGGAAAGACACCAGCAGAGAUUGCAAGGAGAAAGCAAAAUUCUGAGGUUUUUGCACUGCUUGCUGUGACUUCAAGUUCUUCAGUAAAACCUGAGAAUGUCUGCAAAGAGGAAGCAAUCUUCAGAUAUUUGAGCAGUACUCCUGAUAUAGUGAAAGAUUACAGUGCUAGCUGUUUUAGAGCCUUUGGUGAUCUGGAUCUAUUUCUUCAUGGCCUUGGCUUGGAGCACCUAGCAGAGAUGCUAAAGGACAGUGAAAUAUCUUUAAGGUAUCUUCUGAUGAUGGGAAAAGAAGACCUCGAAAAGGUUGGCAUUACUGAUCUGAAUGACCAGAAGAAGAUUAUGGAUGCUGCUCGGGAGCUACAAGUAGAGGAUGUAAAGUUUGGAGAAUUGCCUGAAUUCAUGAAUAUUGAGACCAGAGAUGGACUUCUUGCAUUUCUCAUAAAGCUGAACAAGCAGUGUGGUCAUUUGAUUCUUGCAGUACAAAAUAUAGCAAACCAGCUACCUGAAGAUGGAAGCAAGGUAGUAUUGGAAUGUGAUCUAACCCAGGACUUCACAUCAGUUUUUGAUGAAGUGUCACAUAACAUUGAAGAAUUAGGCAAAGAAACUGUCAGACUAAGGAGACUUCUGUAUAAGAUGCAGGCUGAGCAAAAGAAUGCACCUGGUCGUAUUACAUAUCCACGAAGUGACACUGGUUAUAACUUUAAAGGGAUAAAGAAGAUUGCAGCUGGAUUUUUAGGAAUUGGGCUUGUAUUUCUUUUUAAUAGAUUACAUGGCUCAAAAAUUAGCCCAUAAACAAAUGUACAUAACUUUGUGGUACUCUAAUAUUGUAUGGUAACAUUUCUCAUUUGUUUGAUAUCCUUAAAUGUAUUGUUUGUGAUAUAAUGUUUUAGUUUAAAUUCUGCUUUGAAAAAUGUUCUCUUAAAGUAUUAUUUGUAAAGUGUCUAUAAUUCUUUCUGGAAUAUUUUCUGAACUCUGCACAUUUUAAAAUAUGUUUUUAUUUAUUUUGCUACUUUCAAACUGGUAAAUCAUUGUGAAUAUGUAAAAACAAAGUAAGUUGCUAAUUCACUAAGUGGUGUACAAACAGGACAUAGUUGUACUAUUACAUAAUUUCUCUGAAUAGAUAAUAAAAAUUAAAAUUGACAGUCA